GCAGAUCCGAAAGUGCCAGAAAUUGCAGUUUAUUCGAAACUGCAGGGAAUUCAUUGGCAAGGUCGCGUAGCAGAUGACCUGAGAGGUCUUCUCCAUCCAGCUCCCAUGCUGUAUAAAUAACCUUAGAAAGCAGCUUCAGGUUCAGAGGGACCAGGAGAGACUCUGGCAGUCUUUGCCUUUGAGAAUAACGAGCGACAUUUUGCGCUAACCUAUUUUUCUGUCUCGCCCCAGGCAAUUAAUUUACUGCUUGUUUUUGCAAACUUGCAUCUUCCACCUCUCCCUGAGAUUAAAAGAAAUAAAAAAAAUCCCUAGGUGAAUGGAACUGAUGGGUUUAGGGAGACAAGCGAUCCUCGCCCUGGGGGUCUCGCCCUGGGGGUCUUAGCAGACAGAGGAUAAGUUCUCGAAAUGCUGAAUCCCAGGAGCUGUUCAGCCACCAGCCGGCCGGGGAACCGGACAAGUCGGGGCGGGGAGUGCGGAGCGCUGGGACGGCGGCCCGGGCAAGACGGCUGCGCUCGGGGAGCCGCCUGCCCGGCGGCGGGGCUCCCGCCACCCCGGCUUCACGGGGGAGAGGGGGACUCGGUCCUGCAGCUCACCGGCAUUCAGCCCUGUCUCCCUAGCCUUCACAAAGGCUGGGCUGUCAGCCUUGCCACCCGGGAGCUUAUUUUAAAUCCUUUCACCCCGUCAAACGGCGGUCUUUUUGCCUUGCCUUCCAUUUCCCAUCCACGAUAUUGCCACCCCCGAGAAAAAUACAGCGAGUCGUGCUCACGGGGUCUGUCUCUUUUUCCCUCUCUCUCUCUUUUUUAAGACAUUAAAAAAAAAAAAAAAAAUCCUGACAAGUAAAACUUAAAGGUGUUUACCUUGUCAUCAGCAUGUAAGCUAAUUAUCUUGGGCAAGAUGUAGGCUUCUAUUGUCUUGUUGCUUUAGUGCCUAUGCCCCGCCUCUGGUGGCAGCCUAAAACCUGGCGUCUGGCUAAAACAAACGAAAGGCAGCCCUGAGCCUCCACUCAAUCCAAUUAAGGCGGACUUCGUCCACUCGGUUACGUGUACAUCCAACAAGAUCGGCGUUAAGGCAACACCAGAAUAUUUGGCAAAAAAAAAAAAAAAAAAAGAUUUGCCUCCCCUUCCUUUUUUUUUUUUUUUUUUUUUUCCCAGCCGCCGAAUCAUGUCGAUGAGCCCAAAGCAUACGACUCCUUUCUCAGUGUCUGACAUCUUGAGUCCUUUGGAGGAAAGCUACAAGAAAGUGGGCAUGGAGGGCAGUAACUUGGGGGCUCCCUUGUCAGCCUACAGACAGUCUCAGGUUUCUCAGCCGGCCAUGCAGCAGCACCCCAUGGGCCACAACGGAACAGUGACUGCCGCCUACCAUAUGACAGCGGCAGGGGUCCCCCAGCUCUCCCAUGCCACGAUGGGGGGCUACUGCAAUGGGAACCUGGGCAACAUGAGCGAGCUCCCGCCUUACCAGGACACCAUGCGGAACAGCGCUUCGGCGACAGGAUGGUACGGCACCAACCCGGACCCCCGCUUCUCCUCAAUCUCCCGCUUCAUGGCGCCGUCCUCGGGCAUGAACAUGGGCGGCAUGGGCAGCCUCGGCUCCCUGGGAGACGUGAGCAAGAGCAUGGCCCCGCUCCAGAGCACGCCGCGGAGGAAACGGAGGGUCCUUUUUUCCCAGGCCCAGGUUUACGAGCUGGAGAGACGUUUCAAGCAGCAGAAAUACCUCUCCGCUCCGGAGAGGGAACAUUUAGCCAGCAUGAUACAUCUCACCCCGACUCAGGUCAAAAUCUGGUUCCAGAACCACCGCUACAAGAUGAAACGCCAGGCCAAAGACAAGGCUGCGCAGCAGCAGAUGCAACAGGAGAACGGCUCCUGCCAGCAGCAGCAGUCUCCCAGAAGGGUGGCGGUGCCAGUGCUUGUAAAGGAUGGUAAGCCCUGCCAAGCAGGCUCCAACACACCCACAGCAGCUAUCCAGAGCCAUCAGCAGCAGGCAGCUACAACGAUCACGGUGGCUACCAAUGGCAACAGCCUCGGACAGCAUCAGAGCCACCAGACAAACAGUGCGGGGCAGUCUCCAGACAUGGGACAGCACUCGGCCAGCCCGUCCUCUCUGCAGAGCCAAGUCUCCAGUUUGUCUCACCUAAACUCUUCUACUUCUGACUAUGGCACUGCCAUGUCUUGCUCCACCUUGCUAUACGGUAGGACCUGGUGAAAGGAUUAAACACAGCAAAAGGAAAAAAAGGGGGAAAAAAGAAAGAAAAAGAAAAAGCAGAUUUUCCCAGUCACACAGAUCUCUGUCCUGUACAAAAUACUGGGUGUCUUUAUUUCCUUUUUUUUUUUUCCCUUCCCUUUUCAACGCUCCCCACCCCCAUUCAUUUUACUGAGUGGUUCUCUGAGGACCUCUAAGAGUGAGAGAGAGAGAGAGAGACUUUUUUUUUUGUUCGGUUUUGUUGUUACUUUUGAUGGUUUUGGGUGCUUUUAUUUUUUUUUUUCCCCCAAUAUUGUUGUAUGGGGUGUUAAAAAAAUUCUGACUAAUAACCACGGAGCAGUCUGCAGAAAGGGGACCAUCGUUAGGCAUGGUCCGAAGGCUUGGAUUUCAGAUGUACACUUUGCCAGCGUCUAGGACUUGCAUGUAAAUAUAGAUAUUUUGGGGGAUGGGGUGGUUUUCCCCCCAAAAAACGCAGUCGCGUCACCCAGGCACAAGAAGCAGCUUUCCCCCCCCCCCAACCCGGUCUCCUCUGGCAGCCCCGCCACCAGGGCCAGCGGAUGGAGACGUGGAGUCAUCAAAGGCUUGGCUUUUAUUUUCCUUCUUACGUUUGAUGUGAACCUGUAGCUGUAUAAUGCUGUCAAAAGUUGGACUAAACCCCUAGUUUUUAGUAGCCUGUAUAUUUUGUUGUAUAAAGAAAAAGAAAAAAAAAAUACAAUCAACCAAACCAACCCCCACCUUUUUUAUGGACACUGAUCGCCCCGUCGUAAAUCCUCUGGCAGUUUGUUAUUUGCGCACGCCGCCUUUUCCUGUUGUAACUUAUGUAGAUAUUUGGCUUAAAUAUAGUUCCUAAGAAGCUUCUAAUAAAUUAUACACAUUACGAAUAUUCUUUUUUUAUUUCCGUUUGGUUCCCCCUCUCGACCCUCCCUCACAUAUUUUUUCUUUUUUUUUUUUUUUCCUGUCUCCCUUUCUUUUUUCUUUUUUGCUUGUUGGAACCCCCCCGGGAUGCUGCCAAGCCCCCGAGAGGCCCCCGCCCCCACCGUGGCCUGGCCCUGGUCCCGAAGGGGAGCUGCGACAGGGAGUUAACAGGAUACAGGCUCAGUCCUCAGCCUCAAAAAGUGACCAGCAAACGCGUGGGAUUCGCAAACUCGAGAGCGAAGCGAUCGAGUCCAAAUUCUUUGGCCCGAUUAUUGGGGGGGUGAGGGGUGGGCGCCACCUCAGAGACUUCUUUGUAGAGAAAGCAAAGUGUUCGGAGAGUAGAAAUUCAAAUGCCAAAGGCACGGAGGAGAAAGAAGGUAAAAGUCUAACGCCACUAGAAACAAAUUAACGAAGAACCUGCUGACAGUAUAGAACAUGCGGCCGAUUUAAAGAGCAUCCAGUUUUAAUACCUUGUUAAAAAAGAAAUAAGAAAAAAGAUAAUAAUUUCUACCAGGUUUUCCUAUGUACUUGUAUUUUAAGGGAAGUACAGUCACCUUAUUUAUAAUCAAAAUAAAAAGAUAGUUUAUUGCGUACGACAUGUAGUUUGAAUUAACUUUCUUUACCAGACUGUAUUUAAUUUUCUACACAUAACCAGCCCCGCAAGCACACACACCCAGACACACAGGCACGCAGGCACGCAGACACACAGACACGACGACGCAGUUCCUCCCGCACACCUCCACCUCACUGCCCCGGCGAGAGGUCAGCUUCAGGCUGCAUCCCAGGCGAACGCACAUCGGCUUUGCUUGGGGUUUGGGACUUUUUCUUGUGUGUGUAGCCAUUUGGGAAGCUUGUAAAGGAGAUGAGGAGAAAGUGCGUGUGUGUGCGCGUGUGUGUGCACGUGUGUGUGCGCGCGUGUGCGCGGGGUGCGCGCCCGGCCGAGGCACCGAGGGGCGGUUGGUAGGAAGGUGAGUAUUGUGGGCGAUGCAAGGCAGUUAGAUUUUAACUUUGCUGUAAAUAUAUAAAGUGUAUCAAGUUAAGCAGUUCGUAUCGGACAAGCCCGAAAUACACUUAGUUCUCUGUCCUUCGGGUCCCAAAUACCCUUUUCAUUAGUGUAACAGAAUAAGAAGUCCCCCAUCCUAAAAGAGACCUCUUAGAGUGUUCUCCUUCGCAUCUGCUGCUUGGAGGUUUUUUGUUUUUUUUUUUGUCUUGUUUUGGUUUUUGGUUGGUUUUUUGUUUUUUGGUUUGUUUGGUUUUGGUUUUGGUUUUGGUUUGGUUUUGUUUCCCCCAACCCUCACCCCUUCACAUCCCUUCAGUUAAACCAUGGAAGCGAAUCGCGGUCAUUGAAAGACCCCUGAAUUACAGAAGUAUUAUGAAAUGCUCAUAUAUUUGAAGAGAAAGCAAGCAGCUUGCCAGGAAUAGAAACAACCCAACCUCCAGUUUAAGUAGCAGCUUUCGAAAGCUCCAGUCUUUUAUUUAUCCAAGAUAGCCGCUGGUACUCGGACACCAAGUGCUAGUCUGGAUGGAGAAAAAAGGAAAUAGAAAAAAAAAAAAAGAGAGAGAUUAUCGGAUUCUUUCUGCCUCCCCGCCCCCCCCCCCCCCUUUUAAUUUCUAACUGGAGAACAUCACGUGUGUCAACAGGAAUUUCGAGACCUUUCAUUCUUUAUACUAUGUCAUGCUUUAUACAGCGACAUUCCCAACUAACCCAAAGAAUAUUCCUUGAUUUAUUUUUUUUCCUUUCUUUACGCAAAAUACUCGUUUCAGAUCUAUUGCACCAUGUUAAGCAUGGCGGGAGGGAUCUGGAGCUUAGUGCUGUUAUUUCUGCUAAAAGAAGAAAGUGUUGGAAACGUCCGUGGUUCAGCGCUGCAGCUCCAGCCGAGGGAGCGAGAGCAGGCUUAACUCUAAGGAUUUUUUAAAUUAGGGUUAGUUUCUCGUGGAGUUAAUAUACAAGACCGAGGGGAAAGUGCGGUGGUUAAGUCGACAGUUCCCCUUCUGAUGUAAUUAACGUUAAUAUCCUUCCAAAUACAGGAACUUUCAAAAGUGAAGAGCGCUGAAAGGCAUUAUUACAGCCGAGAAAUAGUAUCUCCCCCUUUCCCCCCAAUAUUGGAGUUAGCAUGUUCGAUAGAAAUCCAGCCAGUGACUUUUCAUUAUAGACUUCGAGGGAAAUAAAUUAAUUUUAUUGUGUCUCGACAACCUCAUAAACACAUAUUUGGUGGUGGGUGUAAUUACUGUAAUGGAUUAUUAUGUACACUGACUUAUCUUUCUUAAACUAGAUUUAGUUUCGAUUAAAUAAACUCGUUUCCACUUUGUCUGAUGUCGGCUUAGUUUAAAGUCUGUUUACUUGUUCCACAUAAAGGUGAAUUCAUCUCUUUAUUAAGCACUAGAGACCGAGCAAACACAGUUCAAACUGUAUUUACAUAUCAAUCAGGAGAAAUGCAAACAACUGCUCUUUAACAAUUUUAUAGGGUUUUUUUAUGACAUUGUGUUAUUGCCUUUUAUCAUAAAAUUCUUUGUAUAAACCA